AUGGCAGGCACAAUGGGAUCCUCUCAAGUGACGGACGCUCUCCUCGCACUAGAGGACGCCCAAGCAAACAAGAAAGUCCAGGGUUACAACGACUUGCUCGACAAGAUUCUCGCCCAAUCCGACCACUUGUCCGAGAACCUCAUCGCCUACGUCCAGUCAAUCCUCAGUGACUCAGUCGGUAUCGUCACUUCACGCCCUCUACUCGCCUCCUUCGUCGACAGACUCGCCUCUCUCCCUGAUGCCGACACAAAGAUCGCCGUCGGAACCCAAGCUAUCGACGCCAUCGCUCCCAAAGUCGUUUCCUUCGAGGAGCAAGACACCGCCAUUAAACUCAUCCUGGCCGACAGCUACGAGCAGAAUGAAGACUUCACAUCAUCUGCAAAAGUCUUGCAACAGAUCACUCUCGACUCGUCUCAACGCCACGUUACCGACGACGACAAGGCAAAGAUCUGGAUUCGCAUCACCCGUUGUUAUCUAGAAGAAGACGAUCCCACAAACGCCCUUUCAUACCUCAACAGAGUCAAGAAUGUCAUCUACAACGUCCAAGACCAGCCCACGAAACUUCAAUUCCAACUCUCCCAAGCUCGCAUCUCCGACUCGCAACGCAACUUCCUCGACGCUUCCAACAGCUAUCUAAACCUUUCGCUUGAACCUGUAAUUGAUGAGGAGGAACGUCUACAAGCUCUGUCCGCCGCCAUCAUCUGCGCCGUCCUCGCACCUGCAGGUCCCAAGCGUGCCCGUCAACUCGCCCGCCUGUACAAGGAUGAUCGCACGCCUCAGUGUGACGAGUUCGCAAUCCUCGAAAACAUCUUCCUGGACCGCGUCCUCUCGCCUGCAGAAGUCAAAGCCUUUGCCGAGAAGCUGCAACCCCACCAGAUGGCAAAGACUGCCGAUGGCAGCACCGUCCUCGACAAGGCAGUCCUCGAACACAACCUUCUCGGCGUCUCGAGACUGUACUCCAACAUUCCCGUCACCAAUCUUGGAGCUAUGUUAGGCGUUGAUGCAGACCGUGCCGAAGCUUACGCCGCACAGAUGAUUGAGCAAGGACGUCUCUCUGGCUACAUCGAUCAAAUCGACGGCUUGAUUCACUUCAGCAAUGACUUAAGCAGCGGAGAAGGUACAAAGACCGCCGGCGCCAGCAUCGGCACCAGAGAGCUGAGGAUGUGGGAUGCCAAUGUACAAGGUCUGGCCGAAGAGGUCGAACGUGUCACUACCAUGAUCCAGACCACUCAUCCAGAAUUCUACGAGUUGAAGAUGGGUGCUUAG